AAACAUAUUUAUUUGCACUAAGACAACAGAGCGGAAACAGUGAAGUAAAGGAGAAGGCAUGGCCACAGCCAGCAGUUUUCUGACCGAAGACCAGUUCUUGUGCUCCAUCUGCCUGGACGUGUUUACCGAGCCCAUUUCGACGCCAUGUGGCCACAAUUUUUGCCAGGCGUGUAUACGACAGCACUGGAAGGACAAGGAGCAGUGUCAGUGCCCCUUGUGCAACAAAAAGUUUGCCAAAAACCUAAAACUGAAUGUCAACACCGGCUUCAAGGAGAUAGUGGAUAACUUUAAGGCCCAUCAAGCCGCACCAGUCAAACUGGACGAGGUGCCAUGUGACCAUUGUCUGGGCACCAAAUUCAAAGCUCUAAAGACCUGUUUGGUGUGUUUGUCAUCCUACUGUGGCGUUCACCUGGGGCCUCACCACAGAGAUGCCACCUUGAUAAGUCACAAGCUAACACACCCAGUGAAGAAUCUCUCAAACAAGUUAUGCAAGAAACAUAACAAAAUGUGUGACUCCUUCUGCAGGGAUGACUUGGUUCAUGUCUGUGAGCGUUGCGUGGAACAUCGCGGACACCAUACCGUGUCUUUGGAGGAUGAGUACAAGCAGCAGAAGACUGUGCUGCAGAGAAAAAUGUCCCACAUGGAGGAAAUGAUACAUCAGCGAGAGAGGAAGGUCCAGGAGAUUAAGGAAUAUGUGGCAAUCAGACAGAUGGAUAAGGACGAAGUUACACCAAAAUGCUUCAAAACCUUUUCUCUCUUCGUCGCUUCUAUCGAGGUGCAGCUGGUUAAGUUGAGUCAGGCCAUUGAAGACAAGCACAAAGCAGCCGAGCGACAAGCUGAAAUGUUGAUCAAAGAGCUGAAAGAAGAAAUAGAUCAACUGCACACGACCAGCAACAAACUGGAGCGCCUCUCACACAUCGAAGAUCACCUCGAGCUCAUUGACAAAGUUCGGUCCUUGCCGUCUUCCACUCCACACACCAAGAACUGGUCCGAGGUCAGCAUCAGUAGUCAGCACGGCGUGGCCAGAUUGGCAGCUGCCCUAAAUCACCUGGAGGAUACCAUGGACAAAAAAAUGCAACAAGCUGCUGAAACCUUCAGGACAUGUUGUGGAAAGCUUCUUCAGGAAGAACCCCAGGAGAACCCAGCAGAGCAAAUCACUGAACUGUCGAGUGUCCCAGAAGGUCACAGAUUGGAAGUAAUCCGUCAGCAGUAUGCAGUGGACAUUACCUAUAAUCCUUACUCUGAAAGUGACAUUCUGUUGUAUUCAGACGAUCUCAAACAAGUGAAGACAUUUGAUCUUUUGUGGCACCCAGGUACACAGAAAAAAAGGAGCAGCUAUGCCUUUGUGCUAGGAAAUAAGGGCUUUUUAAAAGGAAGAUUCUACUUUGAAGUCAAGGCCACAAUGAAGACCGGCUGGGACAUAGGGGUUGCCAGGCAGUCUAUAAACCAGAAUCGCAAAAUCACUGAUAAAUUCUGGAUCAACACCUGGGUCCUCAGAUUGAGAAACAGCAAACAUCUGAAGGCUCUACACGCAAGUCCUGUCCGACUGCCUUUCAUAGAAAAACCUGAGCGAGUCGGGGUGUUUGUAGAUUACGAGGUGGGACUGGUGUCCUUCUACGAUGUGGACAAUUUAACUCUCAUCUACUCUUUCACCGGCUGUGAUUUUAAUGAAAUAAUUUACCCAUACUUCAGCCCCUACCCGAAAGAUGACGGCUUAAAUGCGGCGCCACUGGUACUCACACGUUCCUUGCCUGCUCCAUACAGGAGACAAAAUCCACCCAUCAUGAAUUCACAGCGGCAACAUGACAAUGACUUUUGUAAACAAUUAUUUUUAAUCGUUGUUAUAUUGGUAAUCCCAUACUUUUGGUAUUUAAUAACUGGCAGUCAAGAGUAGGAUUGGCCAUCGUUGGCAACCUAGUUUUAUAUUCCCAUUCUCUCAGAAUCGUCAACAUUUUGAAUACUGAUUCCUAUUUUCGAUGCUCAGCUAACUUUAUGUACAUGCACCGUUUGGCCUUGGUCCUCUAUGUCAGUAAUCUUUCGUCGCGGCAUAUAAAUUGCAAUUCUUAAGUUUUAUUGUCAAUGGUAGACUGAAACACAAAGCUAAACAUGUUACCCACAAAGGAAAAGCCAGCAGGAGGAGUCAUGCUAAAUGUUAAACUGGCCGCUAAACCAUCUUGUCACUAAGUUUAAGAAGGGUGAAUGGAUGCGUGUUACAGCAGAAAAGUAAGUUUAUACAGUAUUAUCAGGAAAUGAUCUAGUAGAUUAAUAGGAGUCUAGAGAGACUGGAUAAUAUAACAAAAACUGCUCAAUUGCUGACAAAUAUUAAUUCAUAAACAUAUAGUUGUGAUACCAAGGGUGGUAUAAAUAUAUGGUGCAGUACUAUAGUGCAGUGGUUCUCAAAUGGGGGUACUUGAAAAUAUGCCAAGGGGUACGUGAGAUUUUUUUUUAAAUAUUUUAAAAAUAGCAACAAUUCAAAAAUCCUUUAUAAAUAUAUUUAUUGAAUAAUAUUUCAACAAAAUAUGAAUGUAAGUUCAUAAACUGUGAAAAAAAAAUACAACAAUGCAGCUAGAUUUUUUUGUGGACAUGUUCCAUAAUUAUUGAUGUUAAAGAUUUUUUUUUGUGAAGAAAUCUUUAGAAUUAAGUUCAUGGAUCCAGAUCACAAUCCCCAAAGAGGGCACUUUAAGUUGAUGAUUACUUCUAUGUGUAGAAAUCGUUAUUUAUAAUUCAAUCACUUGUUUACUUUUCAAGUAGUUUUUAGUUAUUGUUAUAUCUUUUUUUCCAAUUAGUUCAAGAAAGACCACUACACAUGAGAUAUAUUAUACAAUUUAAUAAAUCAGAAACUGAUGACAUAGUGCUGUGUUUUACUUCUUUAUCUCUUAUUUUCAACCAAAAAUGCUUUGCUCUCAUUAGGGGGUACUUGAAUUUAAAAAAUGUUCACAGGGGGUACAUCACUGAAAAAAGGUUGAGAACCACUGCUAUAGUGAUCAGAUCGAUAUACAUCCUUUUCAGUAAUCUGUUUUAUUUUUUAUUUUUUAAAUCUUGGUUAAUGUUUACAAACUCCAGAAAUAAUCACCUUGAAGGCAAAAACCAAAUGAAAGAAAUGAGUAAUAGAUACUCAUUUUUGCUUUUGUUUAUUAUGCACUACUGACUUUGCCUUGAAUCAAACAAUUGUAUGUAAUUAAAGAACAUUUUUAAUUGAGAUUGAGACUUUUAUGAAUAGAUUGCACAGUACAGUACAUAUUCCGUACAAUUGACCACUAAAUGGUAACACCUGAAUACGUUUUUCAACUUGUUUUAGUCAGGGUCCACGUUAAUCAAUUUGUGGUAAAAUAAAUAAGGGACAGGUUUAAAAUUUUUAUUGAACAAAAAAGAUUAUGGUUGAUAAACUGAUAUUGUUGCAUUACCAUAA